AUGCCUUGCGCUGUUUACGCUCCGUGCCUCGCGCGAAACGUCACAGCGCUGAGGAGGACGGGCAAAGCAGGACGUCCGGGGCGUGGCCUCUUGGCGUCAGGGGGCGUGGCCUCGGCACGUCGUCCCGCCCCGCGCUGCCUGACGGUCCAGAGAACCUCCCUUCUUCCUGGGGCCGCAAGAGCACAUCUCUUAGGCAGGGAAUGUAGCUUGGUUGGUGGAGAACGUGCCCAGUCAUACAAAGUCUCCGCACUAGCCAAGACUCGUCAGACUGGUUCUCUAUGGAUCAUCAGUGACUUCUUUCUUCACCUCACUUUAUCCUACAAAGCCAGGGAUGAGCCCAGCCGAGGCAAAAGCUCAGUCGCGGACCAGCCACCCCAGGUCUCGGAUCUUGCUAGUCAGCGAUGUAUCGCUGGUCUCCAGUGCAAGAAAAGAAUUGCUGUGGAUGGAUUAGGACCAGGUCUUGGAGAUUCCUCUCUUCUCCUUUCGCCGCCUGUGGUGAGGGCCAGGAAGAGAACUCGUGUGGAGCCCUGGGUUAUUGGCCUCAUCUCUUUUUUAUCCCUGAUUGUCCUGGCUGUGUGCAUUGGGCUCACCGUUCACUAUGUCAGAUAUAAUCAAAGGAGGACCUACAAUUACUACAGCACAUUGCCAUUCACAAGUGAUAAGCUUUAUGCUGAGUUUGGAAAAGAGGCUUCUAAAAAUUUCACAGAAAUGAGCCAAAGAAUUGAAACUAUGGUGAAAAAUGCAUUUUAUAGAUCUCCACUGAGGGGACAACUUGUCAAGGCUCACAUUAUCAAGUUCACUAAAGAAUAUGAUGGAGUGUCGGCUCACAUGCUGCUGAUUUUUCGAAUUCGCUCUACUGAGGAUCCUGAAACUGUGCACCAAAUAGUUGAACAUGUUCUGCAUGAAAAGCUGAAAUAUGCUACAGGACCCCCCAGCGUUGAUCCUGAAUCGGUGGAAAUUAAAAAAAUCAACAAGACAGAAACCGACAACUUUCUCAACCAUUGUUGUGGGACACGGCGGAAUAAAUCGACAGCACAGACUAGCCUCAGGAUCAUUGGCGGGACGCAAGCAGAGGAGGGAGAAUGGCCAUGGCAAAGUAGCCUGCAGUUGGAUGGGUCGCAUCGCUGUGGAGCAACUUUGAUCAACAACACAUGGCUCGUGAGUGCUGCUCACUGCUUCCGAACGCACAAGGAUCCGUCGAGUUGGACUGCUUCCUUUGGGGCAACAAUACAACCUCCAAAACUGAGGACUGGCCUGCGGAGGAUAAUUGUCCAUGAAAAAUACAAAUACCCAUCUCAUGACUAUGACAUUGCACUCGCUGAGCUAUCUAGGCCAGUCCCCUGCACAAAUGCAGUGCACAAGGUUUGUCUCCCCGAUGCAAACCAUGAGUUCCAGCCUGGACAGCAGAUGUUUGUGACAGGAUUUGGAGCAAUACAAGAUGAUGGAUUUUCACAGAAUCGCCUUCGGCAAGUCCAGGUGGAUUACAUAGAUACCCAAACCUGCAAUCAACCUCAAUCUUACAAUGGUGCCAUCACGCCUAGGAUGUUGUGUGCUGGCUUCUUAAAAGGAGAGAAAGAUGCAUGCCAGGGUGACUCUGGAGGACCACUGGUUGCUCCAGAUGCUAGAGAUAUCUGGUACCUUGCUGGAAUAGUGAGCUGGGGAGAUGAAUGUGGUCAACCCAAUAAGCCUGGUGUUUAUACUAGAGUGACUGCUUUCCGGGACUGGAUUGCUUCCAACUCUGGUAUCUAA